AUGACGGGCUUCAAGUCCGUUGCGCCCGUUGCGGCGGCUUUGCUGGCAACAGUCGCCACGCCGGCGAGCGCUGGUGGCUUGGAGGAUAUUGACCAUGUCAUCCUCUUCAUGCAAGAGAACCGAGCCUUUGACCAUUACUUUGGCACCAUGGCCGGCGUUCGCGGCUUCAACGACGCCAACCUCCAGAGCAACAAUGGACGACCCGUCUGGCAGCAAGUGUCGCCAUCAAAUGAGGCCGACUACGUUACUCCCUGGUACAUCAACUACCUGGGAGGCAACUGGAGCGAGGCCACCCAGUGCAUGCUGUCCGGCAGCAACAGCUGGUACAACAACCACGCGGCGUGGAAUCACGGAUCCAACGACCAUUGGGCCAAGGACAACAGCCCCUACAGCAUCGGCUUCUACAAGCGGCAGGAUAUACCGACGCAGUGGGCCCUGGCGGAGAACUGGGUGAUUGGCGACAUGUACCAGGAGGCCGUCGUGGCCUCGACGUCGCCGAACCGUGUCGUCUGGGCGUCCGGCUCCAUCAACGUCCCUGGCUCACCUCAACGGCCGGACCAAGGUGGUAACCCGUACAUUGAUAACAACGAAACCCCCGGGUGCGAAUCUGGUGGCAUCAAUUGCUACCCCCUCAAGUGGAAGACCGCCGCCGAGUACUACGAAGCCGCGGGCGUGAGCUGGCAAGUCUUUCAAGACACGGAUAACUUUGACGAUAACCCCUUGGCCUGGUUUGAUCAAUUCCAAAAGGCCCAGAGCGGAUCUAGUCUCCAUGAGAAGGGUAUGAAGGGACGGUCUCUCGAUACCUUCUUUUCUCAGGCUGCCAGCGGGACGCUGCCGGAAAUUUCGUACAUCAUCGGACCCAUGGAACUGGCGGAGCACCCUCCCUACUCACCGCAUGAUGGCGCUUGGCUGCAAACCAAGAUCGCCCAGGCCGUCAUGAACUCGCCAAAGUAUUCCAAGACAGCCCUCAUCGUCUCGUACGACGAGACGGGAGGUUGGUUCGACCACGUGGACCCUUUCCGGUCCCCUGAAGGCACCAUUGGCGAGUGGCUCGAUGAUCCGUAUGGCCAGGUCGGGCAUACCUUUGCCGGCCCUGGCUUCCGCGUCCCCUUCUACAUCAUCUCGCCGUGGACGCGCCAUGGUGGCGUGUAUACGGAACACGCGGACCACAACUCACAGCUGCUGUUCAUUGAGAAGUGGCAGGCCGCCAAGGGACGCAACGUGACGACCCACGAGAUGGUUGACUGGCGGCGAGACAACAUGGGUGACCUCGUCUCUGCGUUCGACUUUGAGCACCCAGAUACCAGCCUGCCGAACCUGCCGAACGCGGCGGAGCCCCAUAGGGACGGCAACGGCAACUAUGACGGGUCCUCGCACUGCAAGGGCCUGUACCCGACGCAGCAGCCCCCCGUCCCGUACAGGGGCAACGGCGUCGUCGAUGACAUCCCCGGUCUCGUGGAGAAGGGCUUCAAGCCCAUCAGGGGCAGGCUCACAGAGGGCCGCUUCCUCGUCCUCGAGAUGAGCGGCUAUGCCCUCACGGCUGGCAGCUCAUGCGGCUCCAACGACGGGGUUUGCGUGACGCGCGCCACGGAUAGACAUGACUCACAGGCACAACGCUGGGUCGCGCACGUUUCGGAGCUGGGCGGCAGCGAGUUUGCCCUCAGCAGCAGCGUGGAUGGCCGGUACAUUUGCGAGAGCGAGAAGCUCUGUAGCGACCCGGGCAGCGCCAUGAAGUUCGAGGUCGGGUUCACGCCCAGCAGGGGAUAUUCCCUAGAGAGAAGCUCGUCGGGCAAGUAUGUCUCCAGUUCCAAUGGGAUACUAUCAGAGAGCGGGAAGCAAGGGACUUGGAGCAUCUUCAGCGUCAAUUACUAA